AUGGAUCGAUAUCAUGUUCUUGAAUGCAUAGGCGAGGGCUCAUUUGGACGCGUUUACCGUGGUCGAAAACGUUACACUGGGCAGACUGUAGCCCUUAAAUUCAUAUCAAAAUCGGACAAAAGUGAUAGAGCAUUUCAGAAUUUGAAAAAGGAAAUUGAAAUUAUGAAGUCUUUGAACCAUCCUAAUAUAAUUGGCAUUGUUGACGCUUUUGAGACUCCAAAGGAGAUGGUUGCCGUUACGGAAUAUGCCGAAGGGGAUCUUUUUCAAAUCCUCGAGGAUGAUAAAUGCCUCCCUGAGAAUGUGAUUCAGUCCAUAGCUGCACAAUUGGUGUCAGCCUUAUACUACCUCCAUGCGAAUCGUAUUCUUCACAGAGAUAUGAAGCCACAGAAUAUCCUUCUCGGGCAUGGCGGAGUGGUGAAAUUGUGUGAUUUUGGUUUCGCCAGGGCGAUGAGCUUCAACACCCUCGUGCUCACCUCAAUCAAGGGUACGCCACUAUAUAUGGCCCCGGAGAUUGUCGAGGAGCGGCCAUACGAUCACACAGCUGACCUUUGGGCUCUCGGCUGCAUACUUUACGAGUUGGCCGUCGGCACUCCCCCAUUCUACACCAACAGCAUUAUUCAACUUGUUAAAAUGAUUACUAAUAACAAAGUCAAGUGGACUGAUAAGAUGUCUCCUAUGUUUAAGAGUUUUCUGGCUGGCCUUCUAGAAAAGGAUUCCAAGCGGCGGCUUCAAUGGCCCGAUCUUCUCUUGCACCCAUUUGUCGCAGAUCUUGUUGACGUCUCUCCAAAGACCAAGCAAUUGAAAAGUCCAUUUACACAACCAUUGACAGCCAGUCAGUCGCUUGAGAAAGAGAGACAGACUCAAAUGAAGGCGCGACCCAUGAGUAGUCGAAUCCUUCGCACUCUCUCGAAGGAUUCCACUAUGACGCGUCAAGAAGUCGCUCCCUCUUUGACGUCAAAACCUCUAAUUAACCGUCAAACUACCAUAACAGAGACAAAAAACGUCGUUACUGUGCUACCGUCUUCGCCACCGCCGCCGACACGAGGACAGACGGUGGAAGUGUCGGAGGCAUUAGUGUCGUGGCUGGGGUGCCUGAGCCGAUGGGAUUUGGAGCUUUGGAAAGCACUGGGGCGCGUACGUGAAGGUGGACAACCAGCGAGCCUUGCCGAUGCACAGGCGCUAGCAACUCGACUGGUGAGCCCUGAGGCUCUGGUGGCGCGGACAGGAGUAGUUUGGGAUCUCGUACUGAUGUGCGAUGCCUGUUUUGUAUCCGGUCUCUGUGCCAGCCUCGGCAAAGCCACGUGGUGGGCUCAUCUCCUUGCCGGGGAACUUCCUCCCUCUCUCUCUGCUCCUACGCCUACUCAGGCCGCUCAACACCUGGAGGCUAUCAUUGCUGUCGUGUCUAAUGUCAUCACCGUCGAGUGCCAUGUUCUUAUUCUCGCCGACUUCUACGAACGCACCAACAUUCCUACGUUCUUCAUCCAACUUCUAGCUGAACUGUUGAAGAAAGAGUCCUUUCUUUCUCAAUCCUGGUCUCAGAAUCCCCUUCUGCGAAUCAUUUUCUCGGUAAAUGCCUAUUUUGUGAGUGAGAUUGCACACACCCUGGAUCCACCGCAGUCUGCCCAAGCCACCUACGUGGGUGUGGGCUUGAAGUUACUGCAGUUGGUGCCCGCUCUCCUUUGCCUCACCCGCGACACCGAUUUCAUUCGCGGCGAACAGACUAUUCUGUGUCUUCGGUACUUUCUCGAAUGCCUUCGAAAAUGGCCCAAUGCAGUUAUCUCUCAAUUUCUUUCAGCAGCUAUCUCUGACUGCACUUCCUCCAUAGAUGUCCUGUUGCAAUUUCCUUCAAUAGGCAGGACCUCAAAAGGCAGCCUGGCGCUCAGCACGUAUCCCGUCCUUCUGCAGAGGUCUCGGGAGCACGCAGGCAGUAUCCGCGAGAAAGUCAUAAUAAUUCUAGCUCUUUUGACAGACCCCUUGAGAUAUGAACAGGAUCCAACGGCGCACCAGGUGUUCUCUUCGCUCCCUCAACAAAUGGCCUCCUACGUAGGCUCCCGUCUCUGUGAUCGACAUAUGAAGGAGUACCUUCAAACCCUUGUUUGUGCCAUUCGCGAAACCAACGUAUGCACUCCGGCCGCAAGUAUUCUCUAUGAAUGUAUGCAGAAUGCCCCAUCGUUGGCUAUACUUUUAACGUCAGAUGAUUCGGGCUACAUCGACAACUUGAUUGGGAUCUUGGAAUUUCUGGUAUGUGCAGCAAUGGGUCUGUUACUGGGAGAGAUGAUGCAUCAUCAACCACUGAUUCCGGUGGUGGAAGCGCGUGAUCUGGCGAGGGUGUUGUUGCUCGUGUUGAGCAGUCCGUUGGUUCAGAGUCGAGACGCGCGCGAGCGUCUGUUGGCUGCUGCUAGACCCCCCUCCUCUACUUCCGCAUCCUACUCCUCCAUUACCACCAUCGCCGCUGCAGUUGGUUGCACCUCGCAAAGCGAGGAAGAGGCAGCGGCAGUCCUUUUUGGUCUCCCCCAGACUCCCUGGCCUCGGGACAAAGGUUGGCUGGAUGGUCUCUUCCAUCUGGUACACUGUUGUUCCUCGUAUCCACACAUGUGGACGUCGUUGUUAAAGCGCCUACUAGAGGGUCAGGUGUGGUCUCGAUUGUGGCCAACUAUUGGACAGGUACUCGACAUGUCCGCUCGCCACAAUCAACGUGGAAACUCUACCGCUCUUCUGGACUGGCGCCUGCUUUCCCCCACCGGCCUCCUCCACGUUCUCCAACUCGCUCUCAAACUCGUUCAAAAGGAGCCACGUCUUCUACUGCACUCACUGCGCGAUGAAACAAGUGAUGUUCUGGCUUGCCUAAAUUUCCUCCUUUCCCUUCCUAAAACGCAUCACAGCAGUGACAGCGGUGGCUUUGUCGAUAUUUCUCAAUCAGCAGCGAACAUUCUUGAAUUUCCGUUAAACGCCAAAAAUACUGCGGAGUACCUGCCGGUCAUUUUGCCCGCAUAUGCCACCGGCGGGACUCUAACCUCUCUGGGGGAACUGGCCAUCUUUCUGACUAAAGCUUCAGAGAAAUCCCCGUUAGCAAUGUCAGAUCACGAGAAGGAUGUAGGGCGGUGCUUCUUCGAGGUGGCAUCGCGGGGUCUUGCUCCCAACAUGGCCAUCGGUGCCGAACAUCCCUUCGUUGUCAGCCUCUGGGGUGGCCCAGCAGAACGUCGCUGGUGCGCAAGCGAUCGCCUCUCCGACCGAUCACCUCAACAGAUUGAGCCUUUCAUCGAAUCCAUUGUGACGGUUAUCAAAAAUACAGAAGGAAGCAUCAACUCGGGCUUCGCGGAACUUAUGAUCAAUAGCCUGUGUUCCUCCGACAAGGGCUUAUUCGAAUCAGCUUGCAAGUUCCUCACUUAUCUCUUUUUCAAUGUGGUUGAAUCACAUGGUCCUUCCAGCAUCGUAGCCAGCUCAACACUCAAACAAUCCAGAGACCAGGCACAGGCUCUGCUACAACAGCUCGUUUUGGCGAUCGUUUCAAUGGAAGACAGUGAGAAAUCCAACCCCGCCCUAAGGCAAAUGCUGGCAGAGGGGCAAUCAUUGCCAGGGAUUCUGUGGUCUCUGUCAGCUCUCGUUUCAGUGUUUGCUACUUUCGAGAAUGCGCGCACUUUGCCGAUAUCAAAGUUCCCCACUCUCUCUGCAUUUGCCACUAGUUCUUUCACGAUGUUGCAGGGACAUAACUACUUGAGCAGCUCCAACGCCGCCGUUCGCUACUACGCUCUCACUCUUCUUGCAUUCGCCUCUCGGUGGAUUACUCCCAAACCCGAUUCUGUACUAAUCAGCACCCUCGAAAAUCUCUUAAGUGUCGACCAGAACUCUGCAAUUCGAGUGGCGGCCUGUGGUAUGUCCAUUCAUAAUUGUCAAGUUAUGAAUGCAUUGGAAAGUGGCUCGGCCGUCGAGACUCGAAUGCUCAGUUGUCUCUUGGAGUCUGGAUGUACAGACUCGUCGUUGGACGUUCAAGAAGCUGCCCUGGGCGCCAUGCGGAGAAUUUUCGAAAUGGAUCCCACCCUUAAGCAGAAAUUUCUGCAAACAAGCGUCCUUCAAAGAUUGAUUGUCCAAUACAGCACCGCCACCCAGCAGGCUCACCGACCUGGUCUUCUGCAACGUCUUUUUGCAAAUCGGAAUCACCCGCAGUCAUCAACAACAAUAACCCAGUCCACCAGCUCAGUCGUCCAAGAGACGAUACUAGGUCAUCUUUCUGCCCUGUGUGAGCUCGAAAAGUCGCAGUAG